AUGUUUUCUAAUAAAAUCAAUUCGAACUCAACUCCUAAGGAGACCUGCUUGCCAUUCCACAAAAUUUGUCGUUGAGAAAAGCCAGUACUCGUCUUCAUCGUCUUCAUCUCAGCCCUCCGUUUCAGAAACUUCAAGCACUAUAAAUAUCUAACAAAACUCCUAAAUACGCGUUGUUUUCCAACUUUUUCCCCUUUAUUGCGAAAGUUCCAAUGACCCUACAAUUUCAACAAAGCUUCAAAACAAAGUAGCACAGAAAAAGAGGAGAUUAGUUAAAAAAAAAAGAGAACUUUCUUCACAAAUUACGACAACCCACUUAGUAAAUCCACUUUAUUUAUCGACCCAGAUAAUCAAUUGCGUGAUUGAUUGAGAAUUAAAUGGAGGGGUUUGUUGAGGAUCAGCGGUUGAAGGAGGAAGAAGAGAUGAUUGAGGAGAGUAGUGAUGAUUGUACUUCGGAAGACGAGGGAACUGAUGAUUACCGGCGGGGAGGUUAUCAUGCCGUCCGUAUAGGUGAUACUUUUAAAGGGGGCCGGUAUGUUGUUCAGAGCAAGCUGGGUUGGGGUCAUUUCUCUACUGUUUGGCUUGCUUGGGAUACUGUCAUGUCCCAAUUUGUAGCAUUGAAAGUACAAAAGAGUGCACAGCACUAUACGGAGGCAGCAUUGGAUGAGAUUACAAUUCUAAAGCAGAUUGCAGAAGGUGACCCUGAAGGGGGCAAAAGUGUAGUGAAGUUACUGGAUCAUUUUAAGCACUCAGGUCCAAAUGGACAACAUGUGUGUAUGGUUUUUGAGUAUUUGGGUGAUAAUCUCUUGUCACUUAUUAAGUAUACUGAUUAUCGAGGACUGCCUAUUCACAUGGUUAAAGAACUUUGUUUCCAUGUUCUAGUGGGUUUGGAUUAUUUGCACAGACAGCUUUCUAUCAUACACACUGAUCUGAAACCUGAGAACAUGCUACUCUGUUCCACGAUUGAUCCGUAUAAGGAUCCCAAAAAAUCAGGAGCUCCUCUUAUUCUUCCUAGUAAUAUGGACAAGGCUUCACUGAAAUCUGGUACUGUGAAGGGACGUGUAACAUUCUAUGCGAAUUUAACUAAUGACCAAAAGGUCAGAAGAAAGCCCAAAGAAACAGCUCAAAUUGCAGGGAAGACAGCUGUUGAGUCGUCUCAAUCAAACGCAGAUUUGUCAAAUGAUCAUCUUGCUGGUUAUGCUAAUGUUGAUAGGUUGUCCAACUCUGAUGCUGCAACAGCCAGUGGGAAAGAAAGUUUGGGUCCUAAGAGAGGCAGUGGUUCUAGACGGAGGAAGACGUUGGAGUCAGUCGACCUAAAGUGCAAAUUGGUUGAUUUUGGGAAUGCUUGUUGGACAUACAAACAGUUCACAGAUAAUAUACAGACGAGGCAGUAUAGGUGCCCUGAAGUUAUCCUUGGCUCUAAAUAUUCAACCUCAGCAGAUCUUUGGUCCUUUGCUUGCAUUUGUUUUGAGCUUGCAACUGGUGACGUAUUGUUUGAUCCUCACAGUGGUGACAACUUCGAUAGAGAUGAGGAUCACCUAGCACUAAUGAUGGAGCUUCUAGGAACAAUGCCUCGAAAAAUUGCCUUGGGUGGACGCUAUUCACGUGAGUUCUUCAAUAGACACGGUGACUUAAGGCACAUCAGACGGUUACGGUUUUGGCCAUUAGAUAAGGUCCUCGUUGAGAAAUAUGAGUUCAGCGAGCGAGAUGCAAAGGACAUGGCUGAUUUCCUGAUCCCAAUACUUGAUUUUGAUCCAGAGAAACGGCCAACUGCAGCUCAGUGUCUUCUUCAUCCAUGGAUGAACGCAGGACCUAACAAUUUGGAACCUCGUGUGCCUGAUGCACGGUCUGAAGCCACUGAUACUGUAAACUCUGAGCAAAUUAAGAGAGACAAGGAAAAGAAAGAGGCAAUGGAGGUGAGAAUGGGGAAAAUGUCUAUUGUCUAGGACUAUAAAAUUGUCAAAGUUUGUUAGUCAAAUUUUGAUAUUUCCAUAGGAGCUUUAACCAGUUCAUUUUCACCAAGAAAUCUAGUAUAUAUUGCACAAGUAUAGUACUGGCAUAUUCUUUUGUUGUGUCUUAACUCAUUAAGCCCAAUAUGUAUAGUUGAGGCAUUAUGGCACCAUAUAUUAGCUGAAAAUCUUGACAAGUUUGUGUAAAUUAUAUUAUCCCUUUAAUAUGAUGUUACUUGGGUCAUUGGUUUAUCGGAAACAACUUUUCUACCUUCA